AUGGGUCCUGGUGGGUCCUGGUGGGUCCUGGUGGGUCCUGGUUGGUGCUGGUUGGUGCUGGUUUGGGCUUGUGGGAGCUGGUGGGAGCUGGUGGGAGCUGCCGUGUCGAACCUGGAGAAGGAGAGUAAGCUGUCGCUCCACUACCAGGCCCAAUGGCACCAGUCCCACAGUAUGAUCCACCCCUGCACCAGGCCGCCAUGUUUGGAGGAGCAGCACCGGAAUGCCCACUUCUGCCUCCGAGCUCUGCAACAAGAUGAGUUGCAGAAGAGAUCGUCGAGUCGAGAGAGGAACCGUGUGACCAUCUCCAUCUCAAUGGCGCCCCCUAUGCCCACAUUCCCCUCACCACACACCAUCCGCAGGCAGCAGAGGAGCCGCCUAGCCAGAGCUCAAGAGAGAGAGCAGCGGGAGCUCGAGCUGGACUAUCAGACCAGGAAAGAGAUGACCGUGAGAGAAACUGAACUUCAGACCGGACAGAAAAAGGAGAGGUCUGUGCGGGAGGAGGUGCAGAGAAAGUUUGAGUGUUUUUACUCACUUCAUCCAAUCGAUGGUUGCAACUUCAUUCCAUGGAAUAGAAAGUCUACCUCGACAAGCGAGUGUGAGGUGGCUGAGGUUCCAGGAGAGAAAAAAGCCAAAGCUCCGUCCCCAGCUACGCCCACCAUGCAGGACAAGCAGACCAGCUGGACCCGGGAGAAGCACACCUCCCCGGACCCCAACCCUGUCUCCUCCUGCAUCAUUCCCAUCAACGUCACGGGAGUUGGCUUUGACCGAGAAGCUAGCGCUCGCUGCUCCCUCGUCCAUUCCCAGUCUGUGCUGCAGAGAAGAAGAAAACUAAGGCGGAGGAAGACCAUCACGGGGAUCCCCAAAAGAGUGCAACAUGACAUGGAUUCAGAUGAAUCACCAGUGGCAACAAGAGAGCGCACCGUGAUUGUUCACGCCAACCCUCACCAACUCUCUUUGUGUGAAGAAGACCUCUCAAUCAGUGGUCGUCUAUCACACACCCGCGAUUCUGGCUGCCAGACCGAUGACUUCCUUAUAGCAUGUACAGCUGCUCCCUCUCGACGGCGCAUCCGAGCCCAACGAGGUCAUCAAGGGCUCCCCGCCUCCCUGUCCCAUUCCACCGGAAACAUCUCGGUCCUGGACGACCCAUCGGAGUCCACCUACAGCCGCUCCACCAGCCACAGCCGCCUCAGAUCCCGCAGCCUCCCGCGAGAGGGCGGCCGACUCCUGGACAGCGAUGAAGAUGACGACGACGACAACUACGACGAUGAUGAUGAUGACGAGGAGGACGAAGAGCUGUCCCCGUACGAAGCCGAGGACUUUAUUCCGUCAGGGCCCAGUCCCAGGAUGAAAAUGAUGAUGAUGAAAGAUGAGGAGGAGAGCACCGAUGACCAAGCUGCACCUGAGCCUUUACAGCUCGGGACCCUCAAACGGCUGCAGCGAUCGGGAGACAGAGGAGGGGGAAGUCCGGAGCACAACUGGAUGGAGAGAGGCAGGUCUCGGAUGCCUCGUAAAGCAGAUAUGGGCAGCUGUGAGAUCUCCUCGAGUUCAGAUACGUUCAGCAGCCCAAUUCACUCAGUGUCCACGACUGGAGUGAUGGGGACCAACGUGGAUCAUAAAGAGGAUCACCAAUCGUCAAGCGGCAAUUGGAGCGGAUCCAGUUCAACCUGUCCCUCGCAGACCUCCGAAACGAUCCCACCUCCCUCGUCCCCACCUUUAACUGGAUCGUCCCACUGCGACUCAGAACUCUCGCUCAACACUGUGCCCAACGCCAGCGAUGAAGGGUACUCGUUAGACCCUGCGUACCACACAGAUUUGAGACCCCAAGGCCAGGGUCACAGGUCCAGUUCCUUCACAUCCUCAGCCACAGAUCAGCUGGAUGACGCAGGAGUGAGUACAGCCAGCGAAGGGGAGUGGGCAUAUCCUCCUGAUCAGGACCAAAUAGACCCUGACCAAGAAAAUGACCUGACUCAAAAUCAGAAUCAUGGACUAUCCCAGGAAUACAGCUCCAAAGGUGUGCCAGAUCAAACUUGCAGCAUGGACAAAGAUGGAUACCCAGUCGACACGGACAGUUUCUAUUUCUCUCCUGUGAACUCUGGAGAUUGCAACCAGACAUACAGAGGGUACAUGUAUAACUAUGCAGAACAAGGGUCUGAGAGUGGCCAAAACACUGUGGCAGCACCACUACAACAUGGAGUUUACAACUUCUCAUCUGUUCCAGGCCGUUGCCACCUCGUAGACCGCCACCAAGACCCCCGGGACAUGAGCAUGCAUUCUCGCCGGAACAUUCGCAGCCGACUCCCCCAGGCCGGCAUCCAGAUGGGCCUCCUUCAUACGAAAGCCUACUGUUCAGACAUGAUCGAUGACGAUGACGACGAAGAAGAAGAAGAGGAGGAGGAGGAAGCAGUUAAGGAGCCGCUAAGACCAGUAUGUUCCCGAUUAAGCAUUAAAGCCGACCACCCUCCACCCCCAGCCUACGGGGGAUACCAUUCUGACUCAGGGCCCUGGUCUAGUCCACUCAAAGUGCCUGGUUCCACAGCAGAGACAUCGCAUCCUUACCUAAUCAGCGAUGUGAGAAGAGGAGGACCCGAAGAUCAUGUCGGAGAGGAGGAGGUGACGUCAGGUGCUACCAGAAGUGCCCAUCAGCAGCAGUUCUUCGAGAGUAAAGAUGACUCCACGACUCCUGAUACAGAGGACUACUUUAGUAAAGAUUCUACUCCCAGUGACAACUCGCUGUCGCCGGUGAUGGAUGAUGGAAGAAUGGAUGAUGACAUCAUUAUUACAUCCCCAAAUAAGAGCCGUACGACAGAAGAUUUGUUUGCCAUGAUACACAGAUCCAAGAGGAAGGUGUUAGGCCGUAAAGAUUCUGGAGACAUAAAUGCAAAGUCUCGCCUCUGCCUUCCUCCCCCCGUGACCAGUGGGACCAUCCCCACCAUAAUUGUCCCCCCAGCUCCUCCGGCCAGCGUUCCCGUACUUCCGGUGUGUGCUGCCGGACCUCCUCGCGUCCCCGUACCAAUCUACCGCAGUGCCAAAAAGUCAAGCACUUCAAACGAGGAAUUCAAACUUCUCCUGCUGAAGAAAGGCAGUCGAUCUGAUACCAGCUAUCGCAUGUCGGCGAUCGAGAUUCUCAAGAGCCCGAUUACCCCGAAGACCCCCGGGGAGUCUCUUCAUGACGGACCCAUGAGACAGAACGAAGACCUAUCCUCUGCUCUCCAAGAAGCUGCCCUCUCAAACCUGGAGCCGGUCCACAUCCCAGGCCUCUACCCCCGAGCCAACACAGAGAGCUUCACGCCCAAAACCCUGGCCAUGUCGGCAGCGUCUCGUCAGGGCCGCUCCAGGGUGCCCCCGGUGGCCAGCAGCAGUCGCUACAGCACGCGCAGCCGGCUCUACACAGCCCCGAUGCAAGCCAUUUCUGAGGGGGACACGGAGAACUCGGACGGGAGCCCCCACGAUGACCGCUCCUCCUAA